UCCACGGUGCGUCUCUCCCAUACCUCAACUGACUGCACAGCACCGUCUGCAGCAGCAGCAUAGGAUGUAAUCAAUCCCACAUGUUUCAUCUCUGCGACUCGGGGAUUUUCACUUUGAAUCUUUUUUAUUUUUAUCUUCUUUUUAUUUUUUUGACUUUUACUUUCAUGAUACUCUACUGGCCACACAGUGGAUCUAACUUACCAGACAUGACGGGGACUCCGCUUCCACCCUGCAAAGCCAAAACUCCGCUCACUGCGAGGGGAGCCCAAAGUUUAUAAAAGGGAUUAUUUGAAUUUGGAUGCCUGAAACCUUCGGUGCCUCCGGAUUUUACUCUGGAUUUUGGAUUUAUCGGUUCUCAUCGGAAUGGAAAGCCGCGAUUUCGCUCCGCCGCAGCACCUCCUGACGGAGCGGAGCGCCCUGGGUCACGGCGCCGCGGCGCGGAUGGCGCCUGGCGGCCACGGCUCCGUGCAGCACCCCGCGCACUUCCAGGCCGGGAAGUACUACUCCCACCUCUCCAUGGCGCAGCACUCAGGUGCUUCCUUCAUGGGCUCCUUCCUGGCCAGGAGUCUGGGGUCUCCGGCUUCACACCCUCCUCACCCCUCUGGACCUGCUGCCUCUCCCUCCUCCCCCUCCUACAGAGCCGGGCCCCAUUCAAGCGCUUCUCCUAUCUGGUUCCCCCAUUCACAUGAAGGGUACCCCGGCUAUUCAGGAACUCUUGCCUCUCCUUUUCUCCCAAUGAGUCCCCUGGAUCACCAUAGCAACAGUCUCUAUGGACAGCACCGCUUCUAUGAAGCUCAGAAAGAUCACUUUUACCUGAGAGGCCUUCCUCCCCAGCACCCACUGCUCUCCACCAAUCACAGCCUUCCCCCACUGUCGAGGACUGCCCCGGGCCACCCACUUGGCUCUUGCAGCCGGGACACGGACGGUGGGGGAGGAGGUGGGAAGAGCACCAAGGAUAUAGGCGAUAAAGGGGGUUUGUCGAAAGAGAAGGAGCGAUCGAGCAGCAAGGAGCGGUACCAAGAGAGCAAAGACAAGCAACAGCUUCAUCAUCACCAUCCUCAUCAGACGAACCCUGCUACUACUCCAUCUGGCCUCCACCAGCAAGCCUUCCCCCACCCCCAUCAUGCCCUUCUUCCUCAUCUCUCGCUUCAGGGCCGGGAGGAAGACCACAGACACUCUUUGGAGCGACUAAAGGAUUACAGAGACACUGACUCAGGCAGUCAGGGAGUGAAACAUAUGACUGCCUGUAAAAUGUCCAGUGGCUCUGGGGCAGACGUUGCUUGUGGAGGAAAGGGAGGAGGACUAAGCAGCUGCAGCGGUAACGGGGUGGGAAGACCUCCAUCUGGAGGCGGCAGACGGGGCUCAAAAGAUGGACCCAUAAAUGGGGAAAUGAGGAUUAGUGAACCCUCAACUUCCUCAUCUGAAUGUAUAAGACGAGGGGGGCCUGCAGGGACAACAGUCUUGGCACCUCCUACCCCUCACUCUGUGACUUCUUACUCCAUGCCUCCACCGCCUGCACCCCCGCCUCCUCAUGCCUUGCACAUGAGCCCCGCAGUUACUGGAGGAUGGCUACACCAUGCACAUCACCAUCCACAUCAUGAGUUUUACUGUCCUCCUCCCCCUUUAACACUCACACUGUCUAAAGACCCAACAUCCAGUCCUGGAGGAUCCAGCAGGGAGGCGAAGGUCAUUGGUCCAACUUAUGUGCCUUCAGUUGGGCCACAGGGGGACUUGGAAGCUCCAGACUGCUGUGUAGCAGAAGGAGGUGGGAGAAAGGCAGAUGAUAAGACUGGAGAGGGCUCUUAUGAAAGCCCCUCACAUCACCAAAGCCGCCUUAGUAGCUGUCAGAGAAAGGACAAAUUUCAGCAACAUCAACAGCAGAUGGGAUACGGCAAAGCUGACAAACCUCCCGACUGGAGCCCCCAGACUCAUCACUCCCACAAGCCUAAUUCCAAUGUGAACUCUCAAUCUGAACUGCGGUCCUGCAGCCUGGAAACAUCUUCAUCCUUUGGGAAUGUUGAAGUUGUGGACGAGAUUUACCGUCCAUCGCUCCCACUAGAUACCCAUGAUACUGGUGCUGGACAGGGUAUACACAGGAAAGGACCGGAUACAGACACUUCUCCCUUCAGGGACUGCUCCGUUUCAGGUCCUGAUGGGAAGCUGGCGUCGGAGUCAGCAACUCACAGGGAGGGACAGAAGAUUGCAAGAAUACGACACCAGCAGCACAACAGCCAGGGAGCAAAUUCAGAGGAGAGAGGACGAGACGGAAGUCAAACAGCACCUUCAUGGAGGGCUCGGGGGGGCCACCAAGAGGACCAGAGGAAAGGCAGCAGCCAUGCACCAGUUGAAAAAGUGGCCAAUUCUCAAGUGCCUCCAGCACUAUCCUGUUCCUCAUUGCACACCACCAACAGCGAUGGCAGUGCCAUGAAGAACCUUAUGAACUACAGUUCCCAGCAACCUUCACUGCUACCACAGCGGAGCCCCUUUGGAGGUCUGGGCUGCCUCAACAAGGGGGAGAGAUCAGAAAAAGGGGACAGAGGAGCAACUAAAAGCAACACCUCCCAGCAAGACACUCCCAAACAGUCUCUCCCUCCUCGCCGGUGCUCCACUAACGAGGGUGAGAGAAAUGACAGGGGGGCAAAAGAGACAGGAGAGGCAGGAGAAGGGGAGGUCCGACAGCCUCCAGUGGGGAUCGCAGUUGCGGUAGCCAGGCCCCCCCAUCGUUCCCCAGACAGCACCCCUGGACACAGCAGACAGGGCAGGGUGAUGCCCAGCCUGAAAGGGAUGUCUCGCCCUCUGUAUCCUCUUGGUCGGGAAGCAGAGGAGCGGAAGAGGAUGACAGAGGACCAGAUCAGUCUUCACCACCUGGACAGAGAAAGAGAAAUGAUCAUCAGGGAAAACAAGGAUUGUGUGGAGUUUGCCAGGAUCCACCCUUCCAGUAGCUGCCCUGGUGACUUGACCUCUCAUCUUCUGGUCCCUGGAGGAACAAGCCAGUUGGGGGCAGACCCUGCUGCACAUGCUCACCCAGCACACCACCACUGGAUGCAGAGGACAGGAAGUCCAUCCCUCUGGAUGGGGCAUUCAUACAGUCUGGGGCAUGUGGGAAUGAGCCCCGGCUUCCCUCCAGGGCUAGCCAGCUCCCUGCAGCCCAUUUUGGGGUCCCUUACCCAAGACCCCAACUCCCCACUUGUGGUGCUCCCACCAGAAGCCGGACCUCAACAUCCCCUUGAUGUUUUGGAGCAGUCUGGUCUCUGGCCCCCUGUGUACGGAGCCAGAGGCCCCCCCCCUCACCUGCAGCACCACCCGGUCUACUCCCGCUCAUCAUUCCUACGACAACAGGAGUAUUACGCCCUGCAGCAGCAGCGAGCCAUGGAGCACAUGCAACGCCUGCCCUUAGGACAAAGAAAACAUGAGGAGCACACGAUCACCAUCGAACACUCUCCCAACGAGGUGUCCAGAACUCCCUCGUCUUCCUCAUCUUCUUCAUCCGCUGCUUCUUCUCACGUGGCGAAGCCAUUUUCUCAUACCCCUCCUCCACUCAAGACCUCCACGCCGUCUCCGGGACUGUGUCCCAGCAGCCGCCAGUCGCCCUGCUACCACUCGCCUUCCACGCGGCCACACCCGCCGAACCCUCUGACCCCCGCGCCGAGCCCGGCCGCAGCAGCCCCGCGCUCCCCGGCACUCAGCCCUGCUCCCUCUCACCUCUCCAAAGGGCUGGAUAGAGGGAGCGAGAGAGGAGAAGGACAACCACCUCAGGACUACCCACAAUCUUUAGAGCCAGACUUGCCACCUGUUUAUAGCUUCUCUCCAAUCGCCAUGGGUUACAAGGCCGGGCCCUCGUCUCCCGAGGCGCUGCUGGCUGAACAACCUACGGUGGAAGAGGAGCCUGGAUCCAAGUCCCUCCCACACCUACGUCACAUCCAACCUCUCACUGUAGAGGAGGACAUGAGAAAGGAAGAGCAUGGGGGAGACUGCGAAGUGGUGGAAUCCCAGAGCGGAGUUACGGAGGAGGCCGGGAAGGAAACAAAAGGAUGCUCCAUCUCCGAGCCCCAGAUCAAGAUUUCUGGAUUGCCGCCAUGUACUUUCCCAGCUCCGGUAUCAGAUCAGGCCUGCCCAGCAGGCAAAACCCUAAAAGUGGAUCUCUCUCUGGGUUGCUCGGGCCAGAAGGCGGGCCUGGAGGAGCCCCAGCAAUCCAAAGAGCGGGAGGAUGAUGAGGAGCUUGGAACAGAGGACACGAGGGAGGAUGAAGCAGAGAAAAUGGAGCCUGAACCAGCUGAAUGUACUGUCUCUGUGCCUGCGAAGCCAGAAGAGGAGGUGGAGGAGGAGGAUGGGCCCGAAGAUGUGGAGAACACACAGAUAGUUGAGGAUAAAGGGAAGGAGGAGGGGACUGGGAUAAGUCUGAGUGAAGAUUUUGAAGAAUUAACUUGUAGUUCACCUGCUCCUUCCCCACCCGCUGACCCAGUCCUCCCCGCCACAGCCAGUACAACAGACCAACUCGAGGGGGCUUACAUACGAAGCCUGGAACUCUUGAUUGCCGCCGCUCUGUGUGCCAAUAGAGAUGCCCUGUACCCGCCAGCACCUGUGGAUCAGACCCCCUGCCCCUCAUCACACCAUGGGAUGGAAAUACUGGGGGAACUGGCCGAGCUGGAGAUCCAGCAGAGGAGCAGGGAAGGCAAAGAAGAGGACAACCAAGGUGAGGGGAUGCUGACCCCUGACCUCCACAGUCUGGCAACGCUGGCAGCCGCCCGGGCCUUGGAGAUGGGGGGAGGGGGAGCGGAUACAGGGGCCGGGCAGCAGUGUCCAAUAAGGAAGAGGCUCAACCUGCGCAGGAAGUGCAGCUGGACGCCUCGGCAUGAGCCGGUGUGCCCAGUGAAGGGCUCCAUGGAGACGAUGGGAGGGGAGGAGCUGGCCAUGCGUGUCCAGCUGGCCGAGCUACAGCGCCGCUACAAAGAGAAACAGAGAGAGCUGGCCAAACUACAGAGGAAACACGACCACCAGAAAGACAAGACGUCUCAAAGCCCUGCUCGCAGGGGGCCCGGCCGCCCCCGCAAGCGCAAGUCCACCCCCGGCCCUGCUGCCGCCGCUGCUGCAGAGAGCUCUAAAAGACUCAGAGCUGGGCUGAAUUUACUGGAGGAAAAAGCCAGGAAUUCAAUGUUCAAUCACAACUUCAAAAGCCUCAGCGCUGCACAGAUGAAAGCCGGCUGUAAGCACAGAGGUCGGCCCAGCACCCUGAGCUCCAGGCUGGCCAGGCGGGUGACCCAGCUGAAGCAGAAGGCUGCAGCCCAGCGUGGCGCCGCCUCGUCGGGCGUUCUGCACAGCAGCGAGGAGGACCCCUCCAAGAGUCACUGCGGACAAGAAGGAAAAGACCUGCAGCAAGACCGGGCAGCUGCUCAGACCAUUAAGGGGAAGAGGGGUCGAAAACCCAAAGUGCUGAUGGGGAUAGACUCUAACAAAGCGCAUCACAAGGACAGCCAGGCCUCUGAGAAACAUGAAAUAAGAGAAGACAGGAGUGACAGCGAGGGGUCAGACCAUGAGGAGGAAGACGGCAGCUACGACAGUGAAGAUGGAGCAGGCGACAUCAAGAUUAGCUCCUCUUCUAAAGAAGUUCCUGCAAACCCUGCUGGGGCUUUGUCUUUUUCAUCACAGUCCUCCAAGCAGCAAGCAAACCAGAACGCCAGGGCUGACAGACCAGGACCUCCUGGCAAGGGGAGCUUGUUCUGCACAAGUCAGAGAAGAGCGCCCAGGAAGCCAAAUGUUGCCAACAUGAAACGGGGACGGCCAGACCAACUGGGGGCUAAAAGAGCCUGCAUGCGCUACUGGGGUUUGUCGCCAGUGGCCUGCAGCUUUGGAGACACCCACGGAAACCACCGGACUCUGCCAGAGGCGAAGAGAGUCGGCAAGGAUGACAGGAGGAAGCUUUCUAUGGCUCAGGGCUUCCAGGAAAAGGAAAAGGGCCACGCCGUGAGCCGCCUCCUGCAGAGCUUUGCAGCCGACGACGGCUUUCAUUUGGAUGAAGAGAGCAGCUUCUCUGAGGGAGAGGAGGAUGAGGAAGAAGAUGAAGAGGAAGGAGGGGUGCUGACACACCUUCCCCCCAACAUGCCUUGCAGGAUACCUGCCCUGCCAAACUGUGUGCUGAGUAAAGAGAUGCUGGUAGACGGGCUGAAGAUCCUGAUCUCAAAGGAGGAUGAGCUGCUGUACGCCGCCUGUGUUCAAACCCUGCACCUGCCUGACAUAUUCAGUGUCAUCAUUGACGGGGAACGAGGGAAUCGGCCCCGGAUCUACUCACUGGAGCAACUACUUCAAGAGGCUGUGUUGGAUGUACGACCCCAGAAUGAAGCCAUCCUGACGGCGGGGACACGGGUUUGUGCCUACUGGAGCGAGCGCUCUCGCUGCCUUUACCCUGGUUACGUCCACCAAGGAGGUCCAGGUGAGGAGGAGAAGGAGAAGGAGAGCGGUGUAAUGGUAGAGUUUGAUGACGGAGACAGGGGAAGGAUCUCUCUUGUAAACAUCAGACUUCUACCUCCAGGAUACCAAAUUCGCUGUGCUGAACCUUCUCCUGCUUUACUGAUUUCUCCUGGUCGUCGAGGCCGGCGAAGCAUUACUACGGAGAAGAAAGACACCCCCACAGAGAAAGCGGCCUCUGAAGAGGCGGGAGGGAGGCCUCAGGAAAAAAGACCAGUUGGCAGGCCAAAGAAAAUCCACUCUGCGCCAAAACCAGCCAGCACUCCGACUUCAGUAGCAGACACUGUAGCAAAAGGCAACUCUCCUUUGUUGAACUGGUCCAUGCCGCGAAAGAGACCCCCGGUUGAUUUCUUCCUCUUCAAUGGGACAUCCCGCAAGACCCGGAAGAUACGAGAGCAGGAUUCAGGGUUGUUUCAUCAGCCUGCCUUGCACUCUCUACCGCUACCAACCCCUCUUAAAAGUAUUUUUGGCUCUCCUUUCAAGGUUGACUCAUUCAGCAGCAUUGCUAACGGCUACUCCACCUUUGGAAAUGGUGGAUCCUGUGUUUCUGGGAGACCAGUUACCACCAUGGCCUCUAUUGGACUCCGGGAUUCCACUUGCUCGCCAUCCGUCACCAUGGCUACGGCCGCCGGCAGCCGCAAGUCUGUGAGUGAUCGUGACAGGAAGCACUUCUUAGUCAAGCUUGACCAUGAAGGAGUGACUUCGCCCAAAACGAAGAAUGGUAAAGCUUUGCUUCGACUUGGUGGGGGAGGCGGGAGAGGACUAAAAAGCCAUGCCUCUGCAGGGGCACCACUGCGCUACAUCCAACCUUCUCUGCUGGUGAAAGACAGCAAGAAGGGAGGUGGGGAAAGAGAUGUUUCUGGGGUUCGGCCUGAGGGUCCUGUACAGGGUGUUCCACCUCUGAGAAAGGAUCUUCUCCCUGCUACUCUUGGAGUAAAAGGAGGAGAUUACAAUUUGGACUAUGGCAGUGACUUCCCCAGCUCCUACUCUGAACUGGAUGAAGAUGAUGAGGACGAUGGCGAAGCAGUCGAUGCCAGAAGAAGAAGAGCAGCUGUUACAUCACACCGUGGCAGUCGCCUUCUGUCUAGACCCUCCAUCUGUUUCUCCUCCUCUUCUUCCUCCUCUUCCUGCUCCGGCUCCAUAUCGUCCUCAUCUCUCUGCUCCUCAGACAAUGACUCCUCGUACUCCUCAGAUGAAGAGACCUCCUCCGUGCUGCUCCGUCGCGCUCUUCUCCAGCAGGACAAACACAAAAACAGGCAGAGCAUGAACUCCGAGCUCCGAAGCCCCGACCCUACAAUGUCCAGCUGCCCCUCCUCCUCCUCCUCCUCUUCAGCCCCAACUCACGGCUAUGUGACCAAACCUGGCAUGGCCGUUGGAGGGUCAAAGGUACGGGCUGACAGAGCAGACGAAAGGAAGGAGUACAUGACAAAAGGAAGUAUGUUGGCCAACAGCAGCACAGCGAAGAUGCAGAUCAAGAGAAAAGAAAGCCUUCCCAACAACCACCAUCACAGCCCGAGCAGCCCUGCGGCCCACCAGCUGAAACCUGCCUCCAAGGACUCUGCAACAGCUAAGAAACAGAGGAUGUCGUCACCAGAGCCUCUUCCUAACAUGACACCUCUGCUGCCCCGGCGGCAGCUCUGGAAGUGGUCCGGCAACCCCACACAGAGAAGAGGUCUGAAGGGUAAAGCCCGUAAGCUUUUCUACAAGGCCAUCGUGCGGGGCAAGGAGAUGGUGCGUGUGGGAGACUGCGCCGUGUUUCUUUCACCCGGUCGGCCCCAGCUGCCUUAUGUGGGCAGAGUGGAAAGCCUCUGGGAGUCGUGGAGCUCCAGCAUGGUGGUCAGGGUCAAGUGGUUCUACCACCCGGAGGAGACUCGUCUGGGAAAGCGACACCGCGAUGGCAAGAACGCCUUGUAUCAGUCGAGCCACGAAGAUGAGAAUGACGUGCAGACCAUCUCCCAUCGCUGCCAAGUGGUCAGUAAGUCCGAGUACGACCACCUGAUGCACGAACGCAAGCCGGGCAGCACAGCGAACGACUUGUUCUACCUGGCUGGAACGUACGAGCCGACCACGGGCCAGCUGAUCAGCGCAGACGGCAUGGUCAUCGUGUCCUAGGAUCCCUGGCGAAAGAGAGAGAGAGAGAUCCAGUUGUUAACCUGAUCCCAGGAGUUCCAGCAAGGGUCCUUCAACAUAGAGCAGGGGGCGGAGGCAAAUACGGACAAAGACUUUUGGCUCUGCGCGUUGAAGAAGGAGCUAGCCCUCUGGAUUAAAGCCUUGACAAUACUGGCACUUAGAGAAGUCCUGUUUGCUCUGAGGAAAAGUCUGAUCCAUGCCAGAUUUAACCCCCCAUUUGCAGAUGUGGACUUGGCUCCUUGUGGCAUCAGGAGUUUAUUUGCCUUUCCCAUAUGGCUGUCUCGUAAUUGCAACAUGAUUAUUGCAACAAAAGAACAGAAACCAUGGACAUGAGCACUUUGUAGUGUUGUAUCUUUAACAUUUUGUGGAGCGAAAAAAGGCAGCACACUUUGCUUUCUGAGACCAAGAUUCAGAGAGCGGGAGAAACUGUAGGAUAAGAAGAGACUUGUUGUAAACCACACUGGUUUGGUUGGUUUUAAUGGUCUUAUACUGGUAGUAUAACUACGACACAACGUGAUUGAGAGAUCCCCAAACAGGACCAUUAAACACUGUAGUUUGGACUGUGUGUUUAAAUGUGUAUACUGUACGUCUGUUUGCAGAGCUUCUGCGAAGACCCUGUUCAGCAUUUAAUGAACUCUAAGUAAAUAGUGCUUUAACUCGUGUGUGUGUGUGUGUGUGUGUGUGUGUGUGUGCGUGCGUGCGUGCGUGCGUGAGUGUGUGUUUGUACAGUAUGCGUGUGGUCAUGCACGUGGGCACCCGCGCUCACCGAGCAAAGACGCUGACGUGGUGAUACAGCAUGAGUAUGUCUCUGACACUCUUCUGUUAAUCAAUCCAGAACGUAACGUGUAGUUUUUUAGUCUCUGCGGCUUAAACGCAGAACAAUGUUUUUCUUCUUUCAAGCCAUACACGUCAAUACCUCUCUCGCACCCUCCUGUCUGGGUGCGAAGACACAUGUACAGGCGGUAGGAUUGUUUAUUUGAGCUGUGUGUGCAUAUGGGCGAGUGUGUGCGCUUUGUACAGCGUUUUGUGUAGAGUAACACAAUGUAAAUACUUAUACAUAUAUAUUUGUUCCUGUUUCCUGAUGGUUCUUUUGCAGAGAAGAUUAUUUUAUUUAGGCUGGGUUUUUUUGUCUUUAGGGCAGGUGGGUGGUUCUAACAGAAUUAGGAGGCGGGGUUAUGUUUCCUUCUCUCUCAAUGCACUGAACACGAGUGGAGGUUUGGAUUAGUGGUCAAACUCUGCGACAGAUGUGAAAACUAUUUGGUUGGAACUAUAUUGCUUGAGGCAAGAGGUGAUGUGUAAAAGGUAUUUGGGAUAUGAUGUUUUUAUAAGGAAAUUUGAGAAAAAAAAAGCUCUUUUUACAUGUGUCCAAUUAUUUUCUUUUUAUUUUACUCUGAUUUAGAAAGUGCAUUUCCUUUUUGUUAACUAAUACUGGAAAAGCAAGCUGAGUCCCUGCUGUUCUUUGAUCCUAAAAGAAUCUACUAUCUAUUUUAGUCUGUAUUCGAGUAGGAAAUGUAGAUAUUUAUCUGGCAGCAAAAAGAAACAUACCAAAGCACCUGUUAGUUUUACGCUUCCCCUUAUUAGAUGGAUACACUUUUAUGAAAGACGCUCAAUCAGAUCUGAAUCCGGGACCCCUGCAAUCACAGAGGUAUUUGAUAGACUUCCUCUUCUUGUCCGCUCGUGUUCAUCCAGCGUUGCUAUGACGGCCUCCGAGAAAAAGUUGCAGUGACAUUGUAUACACACUGCCGAGCCAAUGCACUUGAGGUCUCUAUGGCAACCAGAAUGGCAACAUGUGACUGUGAAGGACAAUCAGAGCCAAUCAAUGGGACAAUGUUAAGAGAUGAGAAAAAAAUGGAAGAAAAAAAGAGAGGAUCAAAUCAUCAAUUAUGCUUCUUGUCACUUUUAUUCCUGCUUUGCCAAAAAUGUCUGUGCGUUUCAUGUUUGGUUUUUUUAAUAUGUUUAUCAUCAUUUUCGGUUCAUGCAAACCUGAGAUGACUGUUGUCGGUAUAUAGGAUGUACAGGAGGAAGAACAUGAAUGCCUUUUUUUCUUCCUUUAGGACUUUGACUGAUUUUUAACAACAUUGUUGCUGUUACACUGCAAAGCAAAAGCUUUAAACAGAAUCUAAUGUGAAACUCAAUUUUGAAAUAUUACAUUUAUGGGUCUUUAAUUGAAUUUUUUUAAGCUGUAUUUUGUUUAAGAAACACUGGAAUCAGUUCUGAACAUCACAUUUGGUCAUAUAGGCAACAUCUUUUUUUCUGUUUUAUUUCUUUUAGACCCACUGGAAUCUGCUUUGUAUGGUUGAGAUAGCCUACUAAAAUAUAUUAUGUAAUUUCAGUCAUUCUUUGGAAAUAUGACUUAAAUAUUUCCACAUGUACAAAAAGAAAAAGUAUUUAUCUUAAUUUUAUUGCAUUUUUUUUUGUGUUUCAUUAAAAAAAAAGAUUCUUACAAAAUUCUUUUGUGUUGGCUGUGAGGUCCCUGAAUGCCUUCUUGUGUGAAUCAAUGCCGAUCAUUUGUCAGAU